AUGCAAGAGGUUUGCCGUCUUUUACAUCACAUCUCACUCACUGACGCUUUGCACGUGAAUACGGGACACUGCGAGAGAAAUAUGCGAUCAUUGGCUCCUUUGUGUCUACUAGCCGGUCGAACGUUGUGUCUUCAUCCGUCGAGUCGAAUUGCGAGGGAAAAUUUGGAGGUCUUUUGCGACACGUGGGGCCAAUCUGUGAACGAUUUGUCGCGUCUAGCGAAAGAUGCGGAUGCAGCUGCAAGUGGUCGAGUGGCUGCAGAGCGACAGGCUUACAUGUCAUUGCCUCGUCCUGGGAAACACGGGACCACCACGAAACCCUCAAAGCCGAUCACUUUGGAUGUCGAGGAUCAACAAAAGAUGGCCAAAGUUGGAUUGGAGAUGAAAUUGCUGACAUCGGAGGUUGACGCUGAAGCCGAGAAAUGGGAUGAGUAUGCCGAGAAUGACAUUGCAAUGUCUUCAAUGGCUUACAAUAUGUACCUAUUCACACGUGGUGAUGGACCAUUGCGAACGACACACGAUCUUUUCACACAGGCUGAAUUCUUUGCCGAGCAAGCGAACAAAAUGUACAAAACGGUGCGCGAGUUCAGCUAUGAGGUACCAGGCAGUGCUGAGAAGAGCGAAUUGUCAGCGAUUCUGGAGAAGAUUCCCGUUCACUGCCAGCAGCUACAAGUACUAGUGAAGAGUCCGACCGUCGGAAAAACAGCUACUUUCGGGAAGGUUGAUUCGGUGAUUCAAGAGACGAAAAAUUUGAUGAAUGAGAUCGCGAAACUUGUCACAGCUUCGUUCGUUUGCGCCACGAAGUACGAGAUCGAGUUCCGAGGCGGCUCGAUGCCACGAGUUGUGGGUGACGGCGAGAUGCGUACCUCUCGCGAGUCGACAAUGUGGCGACGCACCCCGUCGAUUCGACGCACCGCUCCACCAUCGAACUCCGGCUCAAACUUCAAUCUU